AGUUCCAAAAUCCAAAGAGUAGAAGAAGUGAGUUUCCGGUUUAGUCUCGGCUCCCGCCCCGCGCCGCCAUGAUGAAGUCCUGAACAAAAACCAUCAGACUCGAGCAAAAUGGGGGUAACACGGACUGAAAAUGAAAAAUGCCGACCAUAAUUCAGUAAUGACAAUGUAAAGUGGAGCUCGGGGCAAAUGCACAAACGUGGAUGAACGCACUCUCCAUCAGCGGCGUCUCCGCUCCAUCUCGGCGUUGCGUUAUUUGGUUAGCGUUUUGGCUAACCGUGGCUUCAGCUGCCUGUGAUUUCUCUGGAAGAGCGCUGCUGCUCUCAAAGAAAGCUAAGCGGCUAUAGCAGCUAGCAGGCGUCUGUCAGAGAGCUGUCAUUUCAAUUGACUGGCACAUACCCAUGUCAAGUUCUGCAGACGCGCUAGUUGUGCAUUUGACUGUGGGCACAAGGAUGGAGAGGGAUUCGAGUGAAAACAUCGGCAGUCACAAUGUGGUUUAUUCUUGUUGAAUAGACCCCACCAGCGCCGAGGAGAGGGGAGUGAGACCAAUAUUUUCCUACCAGGCCAGUCAGCUAGCUCAUUGCUAGCUACAGUGGAUCCCAAAAGCCACGGCGCUGGCCAUGCCGUCGAGUGUACGGGCCGGGAGCCUGAAGGACCCGGAGGUGGCUGAGCUGUUCUGCAGGGAGGACCCUGAGAAGCUCUUCACAGACCUGCGGGAAAUUGGCCAUGGGAGCUUUGGGGCAGUCUACUUUGCCCAUGACAUCCGGACCAAUGAGGUGGUGGCCAUCAAAAAGAUGUCCUACAGUGGCAAGCAGUCCAAUGAGAAAUGGCAAGACAUCAUCAAAGAAGUGAAGUUCCUCCAGAAGCUGCGGCACCCCAACACUGUGGAGUACCGAGGCUGCUACCUGAAAGAGCAUACUGCAUGGCUGGUGAUGGAGUACUGCCUGGGCUCAGCGUCUGACCUUUUAGAAGUUCACAAGAAACCCCUUCAGGAAGUUGAAAUUGCUGCCAUCAUCCAUGGUGCACUGCAGGGCCUGGUGUAUCUUCAUUCUCACAACAUGAUUCAUAGGGAUGUGAAAGCAGGAAACAUCUUGCUAACAGAGCCAGGCCAGGUUAAACUGGGAGACUUUGGAUCUGCCUCCAUAGUUGCUCCUGCCAAUUCCUUUGUGGGGACACCUUACUGGAUGGCUCCCGAAGUAAUCCUGGCCAUGGACGAGGGUCAGUACGAUGGAAAGGUGGAUGUGUGGUCACUUGGCAUUACCUGCAUAGAGCUGGCUGAAAGGAAGCCUCCUCUGUUCAACAUGAAUGCCAUGAGUGCCUUAUACCACAUCGCCCAGAAUGAGAGCCCUGUGUUGCAGUCAAAUCACUGGUCAGACUACUUCCGCAAUUUUGUGGAUUCCUGUUUGCAGAAACUUGUCCCAGACAGACCUACCUCUGAUGUGCUGCUCAAGCACCACUUCCUAUGCAGAGAGCGCCCUAUGACAGUUGUGAUGGAUCUAAUUGCACGAACGAAGGAUGCUGUUCGAGAGUUGGACAACCUUCAGUAUCGAAAGAUGAAGAAAAUUCUUUUCCAUGAGGCACACAAUGGACCAGCCCCUGAAGGAGGUGAUGAUGAGGAGGAUGUGGAGCAGUACAUGCUACGUACUGGUACAGUAAAUAGUAUGGAGAGCUCUCAUUCUCUGCCGUCCAUGUCGAUCAGCGCCAGCUCCCAAAGCAGCUCCGUCAACAGUCUGGCAGACGGCUCUGACGACAGUGGCGAGAUGGCCAUGAUGCAGGAGGGAGAGCACACGGUCACGUCCAACAGCUCCGUUUUGCACAAGCCUCUGAGCCAUGACAACAUCUAUGAUGACCCUUAUCAACCUGAAGUUGACCCACAGCGAGAGGCUUCAGGAGGAGGGGGAGGUGGAGGGGGUGGGAGACGCCGGCGGAGAGACCAUUUUGCCACAAUCAGAACAGCCUCACUGGUCACACGUCAGAUCCAGGAACAUGAGCAGGGGUCUGCUCUCAGAGAACAGAUGUCUGGGUAUAAGCGUAUGAGGCGACAGCACCAGAAGCAGUUGAUGGGCCUUGAGAACAAGCUGAAGGCAGAAAUGGAUGAGCACCAAUUGAGACUUGACAAAGAGUUGGAGAAUCAGAGGAACAAUUUUUCUAUGGAAGGGGAGAAACUUUCCAAGAAGCACCAGGCCAUUUUAGAAAAAGAGACAAAAGCAGUUCUGACUGAGGAGAAGAAGUUUCAGCAGCAUAUACUGGCACAGCAGAAGAAGGAGCUGACAAGUCUUCUGGAGUCCCAGAAGAGACAAUAUCGCCAGCGCAAGGAGCAACUUAAAGAGGAACUGAACGAGAACCAAUCAACGCCAAAGCGUGAGAAGCAGGAAUGGCUGGUGCAUCAGAAGGAGUGUCUACAGCAGUUACAGGCUGAAGAAGAGGCAGGUCUGCUUCGGAGGCAGAGGCAGUAUUAUGAACUCCAGUCUCGCCAAUACAAGAGGAAGAUGUUGUUGGCUCGACACAACCUCGAGCAGGAUCUGCUUCGAGAGGAACUGAACAAGAAGCAGACGUUGAAGGACUUGGAGUGUGCCAUGCUGCUGCGGCAUCAUGAGUCCACCCAGGAGCUGGAGUUCCGUCAGCUCAGUUUGGUGCAGCGCACUCGGGCCGACCUGAUCCGCACACAGCACCAGACUGAGCUCACCAACCAGAUGGAAUAUAACAAGAGGCGUGAACAGGAACUACGCCAGAAACACGCCAUGGAGGUUCGCCAACAGCCCAAGAGCCUGAAAUCAAAAGAACUCCAAAUUAAGCGGCAGUUCCAGGACACAUGCAAGAUCCAGACGCGCCAGUACAAGGCGCUGAGGAACCACCUGCUGGAGAAUACACCCAAGGCCGACCACAAAGCCGUGCUGAAGCGCCUCAAAGAUGAACAGACUCGUAAGCUGGCCAUCCUGGCUGAGCAGUAUGACCACUCCAUCAAUGACAUGCUGUCCACUCAGGCUCUCCGGCUGGAUGAGACCCAAGAAGCCGAGUAUAAGGUUCUCAGGAUGCAGUUGCAACAGGAACUGGAGCUGCUGAACGCUUACCAGAGUAAAAUCAAGAUCCAUACAGACACUCAGCAUGAGAGAGAGGUGAAAGACCUGGAGCAGAGGGUGUCCAUCCGCCGUGCCCUGCUAGAACAAAGGAUUGAGGAAGAGAUGCUGUCUUUGCAAAAUGAGCGCUCUGAAAGAAUCCGCACUCUCCUGGAACGGCAGGCCAGUGAGAUAGAGGCCUUUGAUUCAGAGAGCUUGCGUCUAGGCUUUACCAACAUGGCUCUGUCUGGGAUGCCUGGUGAUGCUUAUUCCAAACAAGGAUACUCCAAUGCCCCUCCCUCUGGAUCCCGAUCAGGAGGCCACUGGAGCCACGGCCUGCACCCCCAGAACUCCUCUGCACAGCCACCACAACACUCGCGACGCAGCCACAACAGCGGCAGCGGGGGAGGAGAGCGCAGGAGCGAGUCUUCCUCCCACGCCCUGGCCCUGGCUUUGGGCAGAGAGGGGAGAGAAGUGCACCAUUCAUCUCGCUCUUCAGCCUCCUCCUCUUCGUCAUCCUCGUCGUCAUCCUCGCACCAUCAGCGCCACCAGCUGCCUCAGCACUACCAUCAUCAGAGCACACCACAGCUGUACCGUGAGCGGGAGAGGGAUCGCGAACGUGAGCGUGAGAAGGAGAGGGAAUGGGGAGCACACCCGCACCCCGUGCCCUUCUCCCACCACCUGCCCUCGCGCUCUUCCUCACAAUCUCUGGCCAUGCUCCCACCUCCACCACCUGCUCCUCCCUCCAUUUCUGGGCCGUCCUCCUCUUCAUCAUCCUCCUCUUCGUCACAGGGGGGUAUGUAUGGUGGUGUAGGGGGUAGUGGGGGCCUGGGAGUGCGUGGUGCUCCUAGUUUGAUGGCUCUUAGGAACAGCCCCCAGCCACUGAGGAGGACGGCCUCAGGUGGGGGUCCCGGGGGCGCAGGUGGCAGUGAUGGAGUCUUGAGCCGAAGCACCUCUGUCACCUCUCACAUCUCAAACGGCUCCCACCUGUCUUAUUCCUAAACAGCCCUAUGAGCAGGAGUGGGUGCAUGAAGACGGUAGCACUCACUUUUCACAUCUUCUAUCUGUCCCUGACCAAAUGAGGUAUAAUAUUUGAGGUGCUCACUGCAAAGCCAAUAGGACUGAGUGUCACAAUUUUCAAGGUACACGGGAGAUUGCUCUGAUUCAUAGUUUGUGCUGCAUGGGCCCAAAACAUGGUAGUUUGUAAUUUGGCCAUGCAGUGAGCACUCUCGUAACAUUUCAUCUUAAAGGCACACAUAGUGAAGACUUGAUGAUGACAGACUGAAACAUAUGUGACCUGCUCAUUUAGACUCAGGGGGAGAGAGGUGUUCUUCCAUUCUCUACACUACUUAGUCAGAAAUGGAAAACUUGUGACCAUCUGUGAGUAAUUUUGAGUGAGCUUAGAUGAAGAGGUUUGUGUUUACUGUUUUGAUCUCAUCACCUGUAUAAAAAGGUCUUUGCCUUUUGUCGCAGAGCAUGGAGAGUUGUGGGCAGAUAUGUCUUCUAUGAUGUUCUUUGCUGGAAUGGAGAAAGACUAAGAACACAACGACGGAAACAGGAAUACUCUAUCUGCAAUGUGUAUGUAUGUGUAUGUAGUAUGUAGUGUCCAGAUAUAUUUAGCAAGUUCUUGCUAUUGAAGUUCCAGGAAAGGACAGCAUCAACAAAGAUGACUUUGCAGUCGGUCAUACACUGGAGAUACCAGGAAACACUUUUUCAUUUUACAAUAUUUGAUUUUUAAUAGCAAAAAAAACAAACGAGUUGCUUUGCUCAUCACCAAUGCCUUUAAGCAGCUCUUAAAGGGAUGUUGUGCCAUCAGUUAUAUUUAAUUCAAUGCAGAAUGUUUAUUGAGGAAAGAUGCUGAUUUAAUAGUGCAAAUGGAAUAAGGCUAAGCAUUUUAUGUGAAAGAUGUACAAAACUAAAGAACCCUUUUCGGCAUCAUGACAUACUGAAUAUCCCAACAUGCGUGUCUACUAAAAUCACUCCCAAUGCAUGAGAUAGAUGUUCAAGACAUUUGUAAACAUGAUCAGACACAUUUGAAAUGUACUGUACAAGUUUCACUGACAUUUACAAUUGUGUGUCCCACGGUUUUGAUCUUUAUUGUACUGUAUAUAUUUAUGGAAAUACUAAAAACAAGCUCAAGUUUUUGGUUUUAUAGGAUAACACAGAUAAUGAUAGUAAUUUUGAUAAAUCAACGUGAAUAUUGAAUUCAAGAUUUAGAGCAAACUCUAACUGCAUUUUCUACAGGUGUCAAUAUUAUAAUUAUUCUUAAUGUGUUUGUUGUAUACAGUACAUGUUCACAGUUUUCUGCAAGCAAGAAAGUGGCCCACUUUUGACCCCUGCACUGGGACAAGAGUUAAAAGAAAGAAGAGCUGCCAGGUGUGGUGUGUUCAGAGUGUUAAUGAUUAUUAAUAACAUAUUAUUAAUAAUUGUUAAGAAAACAGUUAAAGCAGUAAAGUAUGGUUCUAUUGCCACAUUUUCAUAGCCACAUCCCUCUGGAGAGGACUUUCCACUAUUAUAUGAACUCAGUGGAAUGAAACGUUUUACAAUUAGCCACUGGAAUGUAAAUGCUGUUUUUAAAUUUUAUUUUAAUGUCUGUGAACUUUUGUUGGUGAAGAUGAAGUGAGCAAUCCUAGUUGAUAAUCUGAUUUUUGAAGGUUUUCUGAAUUGAGGACUGUGACAGGGUGAUGGAGGGGCCUGGACUGAGCUGCUGUGUUUUUGCGCCCCCUUGUGUUGCACAGCAGCAGUGACCGAAACAGCCCUAUCCCAGCACCCGAGAGACCAAUCAGUGUUUGACAAGGUCCAAAGGUUCUUUCUCUCAUACUUCAAAUACUUGAAGGACUCUAUGUUGUUUUUUAUGUUACAAGAAAAAGAUGAUCUCGCUGUUUGUAUGACUCAGAAACACCAGCUAAAGACAUUUCCCUGUAUAAUCUACUUGCUUGGUUGGAAUCUCAGUGCAUGCAUAAAAUCCUUAUAUAAACUAAGACAAGGACAGUUUCUGGAUGGCUUCACAGUUUUAGUUGGAACUAGUUUAGUUUUAGUUUUAAUUUAUUUAGAUGGAUUUGUCAUUGUCGCAGGUGUCACACAUGUCAGGAGUGAGGCUCUCCUACCCACCCAUACUUGAAGGUGAAAAGAAUUUAGAAGGGCAGAUGAUAUUAGAAGAAAUUCCACAUUGAAGAGAGUCUUAACACUACAUUGAAAAAGGAAUG